UGCUUGAGGCUGCUGGGGAGCGAGCCCGCAGAGGAGGCGGGGAGGCGGUGGCCGCGCUCGCUCGCUGUUGGGCGCCGCCAAGGCUCCGCCAGCGCACCUCCUGCCGCCCGGUGGCUCUCCGCAGGAGCACCGUCCGUCCGUCCGGGUCCUGGCUGCGGUCCAGAAGCUCCCGCUCCCGCUGACCCCGCGCGCGGGGCCGGCCGACGCCACCCACACCUGUGGAUCGGCCGUGGUCGCCGGUGUCGGCCGAGCAGCGCGCAAGGCGCGUCCCCUCCGCCCGGCUCCGCGGGCAGAAUGGGGCUCCCGGCGCUCGAGUUCAGCGACUGCUGCCUCGACAGCCCGCACUUCCGAGAGACGCUCAAGUCCCACGAAGCGGAGCUGGACAAGACCAACAAAUUCAUCAAGGAGCUCAUCAAGGACGGGAAGUCGCUCAUCAGCGCGCUCAAGAAUUUGUCUUCGGCAAAGCGGAAGUUCGCAGAUUCCUUAAAUGAAUUUAAAUUCCAGUGUAUAGGAGAUGCAGAAACAGAUGAUGAGAUGUGUAUAGCGAGAUCUUUGCAAGAAUUUGCUAGUGUUCUCAGGAAUCUUGAGGAUGAGCGGAGUCGCAUGAUUGAAAAUGCCAGUGAGGUGCUCAUCACGCCCUUGGAGAAGUUUCGGAAGGAGCAGAUCGGGGCUGCCAGGGAGGCCAAAAAGAAGUAUGACAAAGAGACAGAGAAGUAUUGUGGCAUCUUAGAAAAGCAUUUGAAUUUGUCUUCCAAAAAGAAGGAGUCCCAGCUGCAGGAGGCAGACAGCCAAGUGGACCUGGUUCGGCAACAUUUCUAUGAAGUGUCCCUGGAGUAUGUCUUUAAGGUGCAGGAAGUCCAGGAGAGGAAGAUGUUUGAGUUUGUAGAGCCUCUACUGGCCUUCCUGCAAGGACUCUUCACUUUCUAUCACCAUGGUUAUGAGCUGGCCAAAGAUUUUGGUGACUUUAAGACACAGUUGACCAUCAGCAUACAAAAUACAAGAAACCGCUUUGAAGGAACCAGGUCUGAAGUGGAAUCGCUGAUGAAGAAGAUGAAGGAAAACCCCCUUGAGCACAAGACCAUCAGCCCCUAUACGAUGGAAGGAUACCUCUAUGUUCAGGAGAAACGUCACUUUGGAACUUCUUGGGUGAAGCACUACUGUACAUACCAGCGGGAUUCCAAGCAGAUCACCAUGGUUCCAUUUGACCAAAAGUCAGGAGGAAAGGGGGGAGAAGACGAGUGUGUCACCCUCAAAUCCUGCACGCGGCGGAAGACAGACUCCAUCGAGAAGAGGUUCUGCUUUGAUGUGGAAGCAGUAGACAGGCCAGGGGUUAUCACCAUGCAGGCGUUGUCGGAAGAAGACCGUAGGCUCUGGAUGGAAGCCAUGGAUGGCCGGGAACCCGUCUACAACUCAAACAAAGACAGCCAGAGUGAAGGGACUGCACAGUUGGACAGCAUUGGCUUCAGCAUAAUAAGGAAAUGCAUCCAUGCGGUGGAAACCAGAGGGAUCAAUGAACAAGGACUCUACCGGAUCGUGGGGGUCAACUCCAGAGUGCAGAAGUUGCUGAGUGUCCUGAUGGACCCCAAAGCAGCUUCUGAGACAGAAACUGAUAUCUGUGCGGAAUGGGAGAUAAAGACCGUCACGAGUGCUCUGAAGACCUACCUGAGGAUGCUUCCAGGACCACUCAUGAUGUACCAGUUUCAAAGAAGUUUCAUCAAAGCAGCAAAGCUUGAAAACCAAGAGACUCGAGUCUCUGAGAUCCAUAGCCUUGUUCAUCGGCUCCCAGAGAAGAAUCGGCAGAUGUUGCAGCUGCUCAUGAACCACCUGGCAAAUGUUGCUAGCAAUCACAAGCAGAAUUUGAUGACGGUGGCAAACCUUGGUGUGGUGUUUGGGCCUACACUGCUGCGACCUCAGGAAGAAACAGUGGCAGCCAUCAUGGACAUCAAGUUCCAGAACAUUGUCAUCGAGAUCUUAAUAGAGAACCAUGAAAAGAUAUUCAACACCGUACCUGAUGUGCCCCUCACCAACGCCCAGCUACACCUGUCCCGGAAGAAAAGCAGUGACUCCAAGCCCCCCUCCUGCAGCGAGAGGCCCCUGACGCUCUUCCAUGCUGUGCCGUCCACAGAAAAACAGGAGCAAAGGAACAGCACCAUCAACUCCAGUUUGGAAUCAGUCUCUUCGAGUGCAAACAGCAUCCUUAAUUCUAAUAGCAGCCUGCAGCCCAAUAUGAACUCCAGUGACCCAAACCUGGAUGUGGUCAAACCUACUCGACCCAAUUCACUCCCCCCGAAUCCAAGCCCAACUUCACCCCUCUCGCCAUCAUGGCCCAUGUUCUCGGCGCCAUCCAGCCCUAUGCCCACCUCAUCCACGUCCAGCGACUCAUCCCCCAUCAGCACACCAUUCCGGAAGGCAAAGGCCUUGUACGCCUGCAAAGCUGAACACGACUCUGAGCUCUCGUUCACAGCAGGCACCGUCUUCGAUAAUGUUCAUCCGUCUCAGGAGCCUGGCUGGUUGGAGGGGACUCUGAAUGGAAAGACUGGCCUCAUCCCAGAAAACUACGUGGAGUUCCUCUAACCUAGAGCCCCAGCUGAGCUGCUGAGCUUUAUGUGGUCUCCAUGACAACUGCUGAUUCUGGUGUUGUGGGCCACUGAGAAAGCAGGGAACCGGACUGUUGCCUCCUGCCAACACGAAUGCACCUGGGAACUUGUGUCACCUUUCUCCAUGAUCAUCUCAGCUAACAGCACAGGGAUGCUGCAAGAAUUGAAAGUCCAUCAGCAGAGGAGGCCGUUUGAUUUUGACAACCCAGAGGAAGGCUUGCAAAGCUGUUUUUCCACGAGUGCCCUAACUAGAGAGCACUGAUUUCAUGUCAACAGUCACCCCAAUCCCCAGGCUUCUGAGAAGAGGGAGCAGGAGGAGAACAGUCCUAAAGGAAGUACAGCACUGCUGAGGUGGAUAAGGCAGGGCAAAGAAACUGGCACAAGAUGCAGGCUGCCUCUGUUGCUGUUGCUUACAGCAGACAUGCGUUCUCUCUCCUUCAUUCUCCCAGAGACACCGCUCUGAAGGCAGCUGGGCCUGUCUGGAAGCACACAGGAUGAAGGGGUUGCCGCAUUGUUUAUACAAGGUCCAAUCUCUCACCAUCUCUUGAGCAGCUGUUGGCCUGUAAUCAACAGAUUUCAGUACAGUCCUCUCAUGCAAAGAAGCACACGUCCCUCACAUUCUCUGCCACCGAAGGCUUCCAUCACUGCCAUCACCUAGUAACCAUAGCAACCCAACCUACUCUAAAACUAAGCCAACAAUAAUAAUCCCCUUUGUGAGACACUCCCCCCUAUUUCAGCUGUUUGUUUGUGUUUUGUUGUUGUUGUUUUGUUUAUUUUUAGGUUUUUUUUUGGAAUGGUCUUCCAACAAUCUGAAGCAAAGGAUUAGGCCUUUAGGGUGGUCUGCCUGGGACAGACAGGAUAGCAGCUGGGGACUGCUCCCUUUCUGGAAAAUGUCAGCAUCAUCAGAAGAUACUUGGAGCAAACUCUGGGGAACUGUUGAGGUUGAAUCCCAUAUACAGUGGGUCAGUACUUCUGUUCUCCAUGUAACAAUUUCUUGCUUCAGAGGGCAAGAUGCUGCCUCCCCAUCGGCUAGCAUCUGACUGGUUCCCUCCAGCCUCCCCUCUACCUGCUGCCUAUCUUUGCCCUUGCCAAUGAUCCCCAAACAGCUCCCUACAAUGCUUUUGCUGCUGGGGUCCUUUGGAUUUUAGAGAUGAUCCUUGGAACAAACCUGUAGUAUGAAUUUUAAAAGGACAUAUAUAUCACUGCCACCCAGAAAAAGAGGGACUUGUUAACUAGGAAAGGCCAUUAAGAAUCUGGAAGACCCCAAAUGUUGAGGCCUGGAGGCUAGUCUGGGUAACUUCAAGGAAAGGGAAUUCUCAGUUAAAGGGGACUGGGUCUUAACUGUUGUGCAUGAGAGACCACCUGGCUGAGCAUCACAUGACCUCAAAAGAACACAAUCAUGGCAUCUUCGCAUGUGAGUGCCCUGAUAGAGCGACUCUGGACAGACAAACUGACACUCUCCAGGGGCCCCUCGGAUGGCAGCAUUGCACCAGAGUGUCUCUGGCUUCUGGAAUUCCUUUAGGGUUGCCUAAUGAAGAAAAGAAAAACUUGAAUUGUGUUGAAUUACUGUAUCUUUUGCUUUUAUUUUCUUUUUAAAGAUAAACUUGUAAAUAGAAUGAUUUGAAAUAUUAUAUGGUAAAGUUUUAUAUUUGAUAUUCUUUAAGCUAGUUGCUCCAUACAUUUAGUAUUUUGAUUGUUGAACAAGUGUGUUUAAAAGGGUGCGCAAGAGACCGGGCUCAAGAGACAAGGUCAUGUCCAACUCUCUGGUUCAGUGAAAGACUGUUUCCUUAUGGUUCCUGUUGGUGAGCCUGAAAAGUUAGUUGUAUUCAGUUGUCUUUAUCUACAUGUGAUUUUGGGCUUUGGAGUUCAAAAGAGCAUUUUUAGGCAGUGAAUUUUCAAAGAACCGCCACCUAACAGUAAAGUGACACUCAGGAUUUAAGUAGGUGGGGUGGGGGGGACUGUUUGCCUUUGUUUGCUUGUUCUUCUCAGGUGUAUUUCUUGGUACCCUAGGAUGUCCAGACCAGAGGAGAUGGGAGAAUUACUCCUUUUCUCUCAACUCUUCCUAAGGGCUUAUAAAUACAGCCAAGCUAGUUUGUAAAUGUGUCUAUUGGCUCUAAGAACAAAACCUGAAAGUCAGCUGCUGUGGUUCUCAGCCCUUGGUAUGCUUUUACUCUUCCUAUAGACACAUUUCUUCACCUCCAGGUUUCCUACAGCCCCAGAGUAAAAAGAACCCCAAAAGGGAUGUAGGUUGCGCGUCUACAGUUUUAAGAGUGGCUGGGAUGCUAAUAGUUCAGUGCUGUGACUCAGCUCAGGAUUGUACUGCUGUCAGCCAAGAACUCAGCCAGGAGCAAGGGAGACUCCGUCAGGCAAUCACAGGACUCCAAGCUGCCAUUGAGGCUGGCUGUGUGACUCCUGCCUGUGGUCUUAGCACUUAGGUAGCAGAGACCAGAGGAUUGCUGGAGUCCUAAGGCAGCCAGGUUUGAGGGCAGGAGGAGGGUUGAAAACUAAAGGAAGAAAGGGAAUAGACUCAGGUUCCAGACCUAUGCCCUGUGAGCUUGAGAACAAGUUGGGAAAAGGAGCCUAAGGGUAUGCACACUCAAGUAGCAUUGUGCUUUCCAAAUUGAAAGAGCCCAGCAUGAUGCUUUUAAUAUAUCUGAUGAUUUAAAUUGUCACCUGUCCCAUCAUAAAUGAAGUAGUCUUGUAGUCAGGGCCCCGCAUGACUGCUUGGAUACAUAUUCAUUCUCUCCUGAGCUGGCCCUGGUUUGAAGCUACUGUCGUAGGCUGACCUCCUUCUAGUUUCCCUGAGGCUAUGUGUGGCCUAUGACAGAUGGUUGCUCUGUUUCUGUUUGUCCAGCUAGGCCUCCCUCCUCCUCAUGAGCUAAAGAACUGGAUAUAUUAAUAUGAGCCAAGUGGAAAGGAACUUGAAGAUUAAAAACAAAAUGUGCCCUUUCUGCUCUCUGGACACCUCAGCUCCCCACGAAUAAGGAAAACUGGGUUAGAUUGUAGGGAAUGAGUUGAUAUCAAAAUGGAAAUUCAUUGACCAGAGUCCCAAAGAUUUCCCAAGAGCUCUGCAUUCCUUCCUCUUGUAAGGCCCUGGGAUCAAUCAGUUAUGACCUGAAUUUUGGGGCAUUUGAGGUGAUUUGCCUCACUCCUCCUUGGGAUACAGAGUUCCAUAACUAAACAAUGCCAUGCCAUGAGAAGGUAGCUGCUUUCAAAUCCCUAUCCCCAAGCAGGUAAAUUGGACUUGCUCAAGCUUGAUGGGAUUCUCUCCUAUUUUUUUUUCAAGAUAGAUGUGUAAGAAUGAACUCCAUUCAGUGGACGACCCCCCCCCCCCGGAAGUCCAUUAGCAUUAGAGCCAGUUUUUAGUAUUUCUAAAGCUAUUAUGUAAAGUCUGUGGGUGCUUUUUUUUUUUUUUAAACAAUGAAGCAGAGAGAAAAUGAGCAGUAAGUCCUUGCAGACUGGCACUGGUAGGUCAGAGCUGUGCUGGUUGCCUGGGAGUUGCAGGCGCUCACCCUACAACUUCAGAUGUGACAGUGCCAUCGCUGGCUCUCAAGGGGAAAUCCUCGUCAGCUGCAUCUUCCUCCUGAAAAUGCUAGCCCCAAUCACACCAAAAGCUGCCUCUCACUCAUAGAGGUUCCAGAAGCACCCUCUACUGAGGUGGUGUGAUUGCUUGUUCAUGGCUUCUCCUCCACAGGCACCUGCCUCAUACCACCCUGGCACUCCGAAUUUGCUCUAGCACCCACUGUUCCUCGUAGACAAGGGAACCAAGUGUCUGCUUAGCUACCUGACUAUCAUGGGAAUGCCCUGGGUGUGUGUGCCACCCCUGGCAAAUUUGACAGUGAUCACUUAUGUCGACACACCUCCCCGACAGCCCUUUAAUCACCCCGGUGCCCCUCACACCCCAUGGCGGUAUUUGAAAAAUGUCUUUUGUGCUCAAAUAUUUCUGUAGCUGUGCUUGAUCUAGUGGUUGUCCUUGAACAUAGCAUCAAAACGGCAAGAGCAGAGAGCAGUGAACCCUGCACAUUCCUCCAACAUGCCUGAGACGAGACUCCAACAGGAAUGAUUAGCUUUGUUCCUUUUGCCACCCACAGUACUUGCCUAACGUAAAGAGCUUCCCAAAGCAGACAGAGAUUCCACAUGUCGCUCCGAGGCAGCCCUGUGUUCAUGGGAGGAAAGCAUAGACAGGGUCAGGAAGGAAGGAGUGAACCAUACUUCUCCCAGUCUUUAAGCGGGGGAGGAAAAGCUAUCACAAGAAAAAUCUCACAAUUAAUAAUUGUUCACAAGUCUAUAGGCCAUUAUAAAAUGAAGAUACCUUCACAGUGGAAUGUUGUGGAGAGCAAAAACAGCAUAGUCCUAAUCCAUGGAAGGAAGGAGAGCCAAGAAUAUCAUGUGUCAAAAUCCACACUAGUAUAGUCAGCAGGGACCAGAGUAUUGGUAGCUCGGUGUCUAACUGACCUGGAGCAGCUUCAGCCUGGCUGAGGCAUGCUAAAUCCCACACCCGCCAUUCCCACAGGCUUCACCAACAGCCGGCAUUCUUGCGCAAGGUUCAAGAUGCUGGCAUCAGCUUGUUGUCUGUGAUGACAUACAUCUGGUGAUUCUAAAAGUUGGUGUGCAUGUGUUUGUGUGUAUGUGGUCAUGUGUAGCGCAUACAUGUGUAAAGAUACAGCCUCUUGUAUAGAGACACACAUGAGCUGGCACUUCCAAAGCUUUUACAGCCUUGAAAAUUUGGAGGGAGAGUUUCAGAGGAGCCUAGAGGCUCUUGGUUUCCUAGCAAAAGAUCAGAGAUAUAAAUGAAGUGCCAUCUAAAACCUGUGUUCAUAUAUAUCACAUAGUUAUCCACAGCUGUGUUCUUUGGUGACUUAUUAAAAGUCAUGUUAAAAACUCAAACCCAUAAAUUCUUAGUAGCUAAUGCUUGGCUAGUGUUCAAAAGCACUCAAAAAGACACUUAGUCUAUAUUUUGGGAAAGAAACUAUUUGCAUGUUUAAUUCAUCUUUUAGGCUACCGUUGAGUAUACUCUAAAGUGCUGUGUGAUAUAAUAUCAGUAAAGUAAUUAUAAAGGCACUUUAAUGUUUUCUUUUGAAAAAAAAUCAUAAAUAACGCACUGUUGUAAAUGUCAGUAUUGAAUAUUGACUGGUGCAUAGAAACAAAUUUUGUAAUUAAAAUUUAACCUGCAGCUAUGAUAGAAUACUUUUCCUGUUAGUAGAAAAAAAAAACAGUUUUGCCAUGUUCAGGCUUUUAAAACAUGUGUCUCUGUGCCACUGUGAGUAUCUAUAAAGAAAAUAUGAUUUCUGUCAGGCACCUCUGAACCGUGGCUUUUUAUGUUUGUGUAUGUGGCCGUCCCUAUAAAGUGAGUGGAAGUAUGACUUUUGAAUUAAAUGACUUUUCCAUUUGA